AUGGAGCCGGAAGGAGACAUCAACAGGAUCCUGAAUCAGAGCCCGCCGGAUGGCCUGAAGAGGCCCAAGCGUCAGAUGAAGACACCGUUUCAAUUGGAAACCCUUGAGAAAACUUAUGCUAUGGAGAUGUACCCAUCUGAGGCAACUCGAGCAGAACUAUCGGAAAAACUUGGUUUAUCAGACAGGCAAUUGCAGAUGUGGUUUUGCCACAGGAGGUUGAAGGAUAAAAAGGAGGCAACUGGUGUGUCAGCCAUGAAGCCAUGCACCCCUGCGUCAGUUCGGAGGAAGGGGUCGAUGGAGUCACCUAAAGAUGAAUUGAUGGUAGCUGAGAUUGGCAGAAAACAUGGCUCGGGGUCCGGCUCCAGAGGCUCGGGUUCAAGUUCCAGUGAGUUUGAUAAUGGAGAUGAUAUGCCAACCGUGCCAAUUAGAUAUCCUAGGUCCAUAAUGGAGCGAAGAGUGAUAACUUGCGUGGAGGGACAGUUGGGAGAGCCAUUACGUGAAGAUGGACCAAUUCUUGGGGUCGAGUUCGAUGAAGUGCCGCCUGGUGCAUUUGGUGCACCUUUAGUGCCAGCUGAGCUUCAGGACAGAUACAGGCAUUCUUACGAUGGCAACUUAUUUGAUCCAUAUGAUGUCAAGCAAAACAAAGAUGUAACCAGUGUUCUACGUGAACCACCUGAACCUAAGAUUAGGUCUGAUGCAUACGGACAUGUUGCCAAGUCUUACCUCUGUAAUUCCCCAGUUGAUGGUUCUACUGCAAAGAGUUUGUCACUCAUGCACGGAAAUGGGCGCCCACAUAGGGAAUAUGUUUUUGAAGGCCAGGUGUCAAGUGCUGACUUAUCGUCUCAAUCGGGCAGGCAGAGGCAGCCCUCCUCACCUCCAAGGUAUGGUGACUUUAUUCCACACGAUGAAGAUACUUCACUGAUGGAGCGAAAACGGAAGAUUGAUGAAGCUAGAAGUGGAAGUGAAGUUCAGGUCCAUGAAAAGAAGAUUAGGAAAGAACUUGAGAAGCAAGAUCUUUUAAGACGAAAGAGGGAAGAGCAAAUGAAGAAAGAAAUGGAGAAGCAAGACCGCGAAAGAAGGAAGGAAGAAAAGAAGAUGAUGCGAGAACAACUAAGGCAAGAGGAAAGAUUUCAGCGUGAGGAACAGCGCGAGAUGGAAAGAAGGGAGAAAUUCAUGCAAAAGGAGCUUUUGCAGGCAGAGAGGAGGAAACAGAAAGAAGAGCGGCAAAGAGAGAAGGAAGCAGCAAGACAGAAAGCUGCAGUGGAAAGAGCAAUGGCACGAAGAAUUGCUAAGGAGUACAUGGAGCUAAUAGAAGAUGAGCGUCUGGAACUAAUGGAAUUGGCUACUUCAAGCAAAGGAUUACCUUCAAUUCUCUCUCUCGAUUAUGAUACCCUGCAAAAUCUUGAGUCAUUCCGAGAUGCUUUGAGUGAAUUCCCACCGAAUUCUGUGAGAUUGGAAAAGCCAUUUGCUAUUCGACCUUGGAUUGAUUCAGAUGAGAAUGUUGGGAACUUGCUCAUGGUUUGGAGAUUCUGCUUUGUAUUUGCUGAUGUUCUUGGGCUUUGGCCUUUUACCCUAGAUGAAUUUGUCCAAGCUUUCCAUGACUAUGAUUCAAGAUUGCUUGGUGAGGUACACAUUGCUCUUCUCAAACUCAUUGUAAAAGAUAUAGAAGAUGUUGCGAGAACCCCUUCUGGUGGGCCUGGAACAAAUCAAUAUACUUCUGUUAAUCUUGAAGGUGGACAUCCUCAGAUAGUUGAAGGGGCAUAUCUAUGGGGUUUUGACAUAUGCAACUGGCAGAAGCACUUAAAUCCAUUAACAUGGCCAGAAAUAUUGCGGCAAUUCGCACUCUCUGCUGGAUUUGGCCCACAUUUGAUGAGAAAGAGUGUUGAAAGAGUGUGUAUACGUGAUAAAGCUGAGAAUAAAGGUUGUGAAGAUGUAGUAUCUACCCUACGAAAUGGUUUAGCUGCUGAGAAUGCUGUUGCAAUUAUGCAAGAAAAAUGUGCCCUUCAACGCAGAACAAGGCAUCGGCUGACACCAGGAACUGUGAAAUUUGCUGCUUAUCAUGUUCUUGCUCUUGAAGGAAGCAAGGGACUGAAUGUUAUAGAGCUGGCAGAAAAGAUUCAGAAAUCUGGGCUCCGUGACCUGACAACAAGCAAGACACCAGAGGCUUCUAUUUCUGUUGCUUUGUCUAGAGAUCCGAUACUUUUUGAAAGAAUAGCUCCUUCAACGUAUUGCGUACGUCCUGCUUUCAGAAAGGAUCCCGCUGAUGCUGAAUCAAUACUUGCCACAGCCAGGGAGAAGAUACAGAAAUAUGCAAAUGGUUUUUUAGCUGGCCAGAAUGCUGAUGACGAAGAAAGGGAUGAUGAUUCUGCCAGUGAUGUGGCGGAGGGUUCAGAAGUUAUUGGUUUAGCAACUCCAUCUGAUGCGAAGAAAACAAGGGAGUCUUCCAAUGAAGUUGGUGCAUCAGUGAAUGGCCCUGAUGGAACUGUUCUUCACAAUGACAAUGGUAUUGGGGCAGUUUAUCGUGACCAAGAAGGUCUAGAGAUUGAUGAAAGCAGAUCGGGUGAACCCUGGGUUCAAGGACUUACUGAAGGAGAAUAUUCUGAUCUAUCUGUUGAGGAGCGUCUCAAUGCCCUUGUUGCCUUAAUUGGGGUUGCAAAUGAAGGGAAUUCUAUCCGUCUAAUUCUUGAGGAUCGGUUGGAUGCAGCAAAUGCUCUAAAAAAGCAAAUGUGGGCAGAAGCUCAACUAGAGAAGAGGCGUAUGAGAGAAGAGACGAUAACAAAGUUCAAUGGUACUUCUUUUAAUGGUGAUGCAGAAAGUGUUCAAAGCUCUGUUACAGAAAAUAAAAUGUGCAACGCAUCUCUAACAACCGUAGGGAAAGCUCAAUCUUCCUUUGCAGCAGAUGAUGUUCAUAAUUCCACUGAUAAUCCAGCACAAGGUACCUCUACGAGUCAGUUACCCUACCACCCAAUCCAGCAGAAUGGAUGUAUGACAGAAAGGUCACGCUUGCAGUUGAAAUCUUAUAUUGGCCACAGAGCUGAAGAAGUUUAUGUAUACAGGUCCCUGCCUCUUGGUCAAGAUAGAAGGCACAAUCGUUACUGGCAAUUUGUUGCCUCUUCUAGCCAGGACCCUGGUUCUGGCAGAAUCUUUGUUGAAUCACCUGAUGGCAAUUGGAUGCUAAUUGAUUCAGAAGAGGCAUUUGAUACUCUUUUGACAUCCUUGGAUAUGCGUGGGACUAGGGAAUCACAUUUGUGUAUAAUGUUGCAGAAGUCUUUGGUUUCAUUUAGGUCAUGUGUCCAUAUCCUAGACCGAAGUAGAAACAGACGACGAAAUGAAGUUGCUGAUGUUCAUUCUAUCUAUGGUCAUGGCGCUGGUGCUGAGAAUUCUGGCUCCAUUUGCAACACAAAUGCUGAUACAAGGGAGCCGUCCUAUUCUUUUAAAAUUGAUCUUGGGAGGACUGAAACAGAGAAAAAGAACGCUUUGAAGAGAGAUGAAGAUUUUCAAAUUUGGAUGUGGAAAGAGUGCUUCAACUCAUCAAUUUUACAUGCCUUGGCUUAUGGGAAGAAAAGAUGCUCACCUAUAUUGGGAGUUUGUGAUCUCUGCUUUGAUACUUACCAGUUCAAAGAGGAUCUCUGCACUUCUUGCCAUAAAAAAUUCGGCAAAGCUGAUAUUAAUCAGGAAGAAAAAGUAAAAGUUGGGAAAUUUGGUUUGAUAUUGUUGAACUCGUCGCUCCCGCUGCGGAUCAGAUUGAUCAAGGCCCUGUUAAGUUUCUUUGAGGUUUCUGUUCCAUCUGAGGCUCUGCAAUCUUCUUGGACGGAAGACUGUAGGAAUACUUGGGGCUUAAAACUGUUGAAUUCUUCAUCCACCGAGGAUCUUCUACAGUUUCUAACUCAGAUUGAGGCUGCCAUAAAACGUGAUUAUCUGUCAGCAGAUUUUGAGACAACAGAAGAGCUGUUGCGCUACUGUGCCUCAUCAAUAGGUGCUUAUUAUGAAUUUGCCCAUCCUGGAUCCAUUCCCCAACUUCCUUGGAUUCCAAAAACUACCGCUUCUGUGGCUAUGAAGCUUUUGGAGUUGGAUGCCUCUAUUUCCUAUGUUAAACAGAAAAAGGCUGAACCUCACGAUGCAGAGAAAGUGGAGCCUCUUCCAAAGUUGAAGUAUGCUAACACAAAGGAUAUCCAAAUAGCUGAAACAUCAGAAUUUGAUCAACAUGGACCUAAAAAACAGGAAAACUGGGAUCGUCUGCGUCGUACUAGUGGCAGCUCAGGGUAUAGGCAGAUGGUUCGUAGACGGGGAAGUGGUUGGACACAUGGAAAGUCUCGGAAAAGAACUGCUGGUUCAACAGUAGAAUCUGGCAGGCAUAUUAUGAGACAAGGUGAGACGUUGACUCAGGUGCUUAUGCAGCAGGGGGAGAGAAUUCAUGGACAGAUGCAGAUACGGGGUCCACGAACUCUUAGAAAGAGGAGAACAGAGAAAAAGGUUUUUGCAGGGACAUUCUCAGAUUACUUGCAUGACAAGGAUGCCCUUAAGAAUGUUGUGGGAAAACCAGCGGUGACUUUGAAUACUGCAAAUAUUGAAGGCGAAAAUGAUGGCAGUAGCAACAGCAUGGAAGCAGAUGAUUUUGCUGAUAGUGCCAAUGGAAGCCAUUAUGAGUUCGAGAAAUGGGGAGCAGGUUAUGACGUUUCCCCAUACGGAGAUAAUAUGAUGGUGGAAAGGAGCGACGAGGAUGCAAAUGAAAUUAAUGAAAAUAAUGGUUAUGAUGAGGAGGGUGCUGAAAACAUGGAGGAGGAUUUGGCGAUGAAUGCUUAUGAUUCUGAAAGGAGUAGCUAUGAUGGCUCGGAUUCUCAAAUCUCUGGAGAUUAUAGUGACUGA